AUGGAAAAAGGUCAACGCUGCAAGCUCUUCCGUAAGCUCUGGUCAUCUGAGGGCAGUACUCAGGGAGUGCCCGGCACAGCGAGGAGACUGCCCGCUGUGGGGUUUGGGAUCAUUGUCUGUGGAGUUCUCCUCGACUUCAUAAUCGAAUAUGACCUGGUCAGCCGAGAGCAUGGGGGGGAUGCCCUCAUAAUCCCUGAUAGUGUGUCUCAGCAAGGCCACGCAAGAAUCAUCCUCCUGACCCCCUCCUGGACUCACAGCGGCAAACCCGCAGAGGAAAGAACAGCCAACAUCCUACCACCAACACCAACACCCACAGAGAAAGCCAGGCCUCCAGCUCUGUGCUGGCUUCACCGUGGUGCUGCUGACUGGUCCCAGAAGACAUCUGUGGUGGAGUCCACGCUAGUGACGAUGCCACACUUGCCUCCCCCACCCCAUCCCCGGGAGCAUGUGGACACUGUCACCCAGGAGGAACACUGUCCUCAGAGGCGGAAGGCGGCACUGGCCUUCUUGAGGGGGAACUGCCUCAAUCAGCUUCCACGGCUAUUUCGGACAGGCCUGGGCUACUCUGGAGGCAGGGUUCAACCUUCAGGGUUACCUGCAAGGGAAGACUCAGGACCUCCCACGUGGGUCAGGUCUGUGCUCACACGGAGCCUUGUUCCUGCAGCCGCCCAGGAGAGCAGCCCCCUGGCCUCCAACCCCACCCCCUCGGAAGCUGUCUCCGAGCUGAAGUCCUGGAAGAAAAGCAGUCAGAGGAGGAGCAUGUGGACUGUCAAUCAUGUUGAGGGGACGAAACUCAGGAUGAGCAAGAGAAGAUCCAGUUAUCGUCCAGAAGACCAAGAGGCCUUCUACCGGCUUCUGGAGGACCCUGUUAUCCAGAGCUUCCUGGAAGCUGAUAUUUUCCUGAAAGUGUCUGACAAGUACCUGCUCUCCAUGGUGGUGGAGUACUUCGGCCGUGUCGGGCUGCCUGGUCAUCUCUACAACAGGAUCCACUUCUUCCUGGCCCUCUACAUUGCCUCCGACAUGGAGGAGGACGACCCCACAUCCAAGCAGAGCAUCUUCCAGUUCCUGCUGGGCAGGAAGCACUGGCCAGACCUCUACAAGGAGUUCCUCAAGUUGAAGGUGGAAUUCUUCCAUGCGAUGGAGCACCGAGCCUGGGUCACCCCGGACUUGUGUGAGGAGAUCCAGGCCCAGAACCCACAUCACUGGGUCUGGAGUCGGGAGCGCCAGGGCAGCCCCUAG